UACGAACAAUCAUUGACACCGAACGACGGUAAACAUUCGUAUUUAUAAUAGCAAUUAUUAGUAAUUAUUCAUUACUACUGAAUAUCCCAACGAAGAGAAAAUAAUCGUAACUGAUUGGUAACGCGUUCGCCACAUAAAAUAUUACUAAUCGAAGUUUCAAGUUGAUUUUUCACAAUGAAUAUACUUCCCAAAAAACGCUGGCAUGUUCGCACCAAAGACAAUAUUGCACGAGUUCGGCGCGAUGAAGCAAAAGCCGCCGAGGAAGAAAAGGAACGGCAAAGAAGGAUUGCUCUCGCGGACCAAGAGGCAAAGAUAGACUUUCUUCGACAGAAAGCGCGUUCGGGAAGAUCUACAACAGUAACGGUUACUUCUAAUGAAUUAGAGGAGCGAAUCAACAAGAAGGAGCACGUCAACUUUUUUGAAGAAUUGGAAUCAGGUAAAGUUGAUGGAGUGCAACGGAAGAAUGUAGAUCAUGAACGGGAGAAAAAAGAAGAACAGGAAAAGUAUGAAAAGCAGAUUGGUUAUUUAACAUACUUGGGUCAGGACACGAAUGAAGCAUUAGGAAAGCGAGAUUGGUAUGACACAGCUCCCAUUAGAAAUAACACACAAGAUAAAGAUAAGAAAUGCGUUGAGGUUGGCUUAAAAACAAAAGCAUAUAAUGAUCCACUAAAUGUUAUGCGACGCUAUCUUCCCGAAAAGUCAUUGCCUUCUGCUACAGUGCGUGAUAUAGAAAAGGAAGACAAAGUUAUUCAAAAUCCUACUUCUUCAAAACUACAUUAUGAGCCACUGUUCAAUAAACCCAAUAAUCAUUCUAAAAAGAAGCGUCGUAGAAGCAGUUCCUCGGAAAGUAGAAGUGAGUUAGAACGAGCAAAGCGAAAAAAGCACAAGAAGCAUAAGAAAAAACAUAAAAAACGAAAAUUGUCGAGUUUAGAAACAUCAUCCUCUGAUGAAGAUCAGAAGCAAGCAAAAAGAAUGAAAUUGGAUACUUUACGCAAAGAAAGAUUAGCUCGCGAGCGUGAAGAAAAAAUUCGUGCAGAAAAAUUAAUUUCGAAAGUCAGAGGCGACCCUGUACCAUCUCUUCCUAAGCAACCAAUAGUUUCAGAACAUGUGGUGAAACAGAAAUACAAUUCGCAGUUCAACCCAGAGCUAGCAAAACAAAAUUUUGAAUAA